AUGGACAACACAGAUAUCCUGGCAGUACAUUCAAUACUGCAUUUAAUUUACCAUCGCAAUAAAAAUCAACACCACAGGGCCAAGUGGUGGAAAUGGCUCUCGGCGCUGAAACGCACCACCUUAGAUCUAGGGUCGAUCGACUCAGCCAAAGCGGCAGCCUGUCGACAGCAUCUGGCCUCACAUCUCAUUCCAAGAUGUUACAUGGCGUUCUCCACCGUGGUCGCCGACAAUCAGUUCGCUACACUUGGCGUCGUAUUAAUCGCCGCUCUAGCACGGCUUGUCAAGGCAACUGGUAUUGAGCGUGAAAUGGCUAUUCGAGUGCAGCCAACGACUAAGAAAGUCACGCCGGUCGUAUCGGCGACAGAGGACCAUGGCGAGCGCAUCAGUCGGGAUGGAUCCGAUGCACUAUCGGGCCCUACCAAGGCCCCUCUCCCAAAAGCAGUAUUCAAAUCGAACGAUAGUAAACCCAGCGCGAAACAUACGAAAAAAACCAGCAAACGGAAAAAGGAUUCCAUAGAUGACUUAUUCAGCGGUCUCAUAUGA